AUGGAUGGUAAGAAGGCGAAGAAGAGGACCAUUGAAGAGGUAGAGAGCAGAGGAAGAACACAACAAAAAGAAGACAACAAGGACAGUGACAUCAGGAAAGAGCUACAGGUGAAGAAAAGGAAGAAAGAAGAACAUAAAGAUGAAGAAGGAAAACAACGCGCAAGUGAAGAGGAAAUUAUUGAAGAAAUCAGCGACUCUCCAGAAAAUCCAGAAGAUCCAGGUCCAUCUUUGGAUUCAUCUCUUUCGCUGCAGAGAUUUACAUUCCACCGACUGCUUGGCAAGGGUGGCUAUGGAAAGGUACGCAAUUUGUGAAAUAUCCAUUUACACAGCAGAUUUGUUAUUUUUACAAAAGAAACAGAAUGUUUUUGGGGUGAUGUUAUUGAACACAUUAUUGAUUAAUAUAAUUCUCAAUAAUUGGUUAUAGGAUGUAAGAGUACACCCUUGUCAAAUCAUUUAAAGAUUUAUAUUUGAAAGUUUAAACAUGUGAUUUGUCUCUGAUUGUGGUCACUUAGUUUCAUCUAUUGCUGGUUUUAACUUGAAAAUAUAUUCUGUUUGCUCACCUGUAACAUUGAACUUUAUGUCAAUUUAUUUUAACAUCAAUGAGAAAAUUUACUGAAAAAUUAGAUACAGAGAUGGUUAUAAAACCUAUUCUGUUGUUUAGAUAGGGUUAGGUGAGUAAUAACGGCAUAACCCUGUGUAACAUUACAAAUUAGCCUAGCACUGGUAUAAUUAAGACCAGACCUGCCCCCCAUUCUUUCAUUUAUUGUUAUUUUUUUGUUACACGUUUUUAUUUUUAGCACAUUUUUUUAUCCAUUAUUACUUUGUGCAAAUUCUUUAACUAUUUUACUAAUAAAAUUGUAUUUAAAAUAUCUUCUAUUUAAGAAUGAUUUUUUAAUUGGUUGUAAUCUCAGGGACAUCUGCUUCCCCCCACUUUUCAAGUCGGAGGUCCCACCUUCCCAUUUUGUAUCUAAUUUAUUUUAAGAUUAGUUCUAUGGGCAGUGCACAGUAUUGAAAAUUAAACAAUGUUAUUAUUAUUAUUAUUAUUGGCAUUUAUAUAGCGCCAACUAAUUCCGCAGCGCUUUACAAUAUUAUGAAAAGGGGGGAAAUGUACAAUAAAUGAGACAAUUACACAGUAACACAGGAACAAUUGGUAGAUGAGGGUUAAUUCACUAAACAGUUUGUAAUGUGAUGAAUUAUACAAAUUAGGAUAAAGUAGACCUUCACCCAUUUUAACCCAAAUAAUAUUGCCUUCUCAAUUCACAUAAACAUACUCUUUGGUGAAUAAAUUCCAUAUUCCAUAUUUCUUACAUGUUCCUCUGUUGGAUAUUUAAUUGUCAUUUAGUUAGUAGUACUGGGAAUUGAUAGUGUUUGUUGUGAUUUUUCACUGUAAUUAUGGCCAGUUUAAUCCACUCCAACUGUCACUACAAUUGCUAGUUCCUGGUCACAUGACCUGAUAGGAAUGAUGGACAUUCUCAAAGCUAUAGUAGGAUAGCGAGAGAGAUACAUUUCUACUAAAUGUCAAUGGAAACUGUAUCAUAGUCUAUUGUUAUGAAAACUGAAUUAUUUCUACUUAAGAAAACAUAUACAAUGCUUAUGUUUCAUGGAUUGUAUAAAUAGAAGUGCGAUAGAGGAUCUUUUCACAUUUUGAAGAUUUAAUAAAGCUUUAUAGAAUAUACUUCCUUACAUACUACAAUACACAGGAAGUUACUGUGAUAAUUAUGUAAUUGUACAAUGGGUCACCCAGUUAAUACUGUAUCAUGUAAAUCAUUUUGGUCUCUGUUAAGAACCAAUGCACUGGAUUCUCUUUUUGUUUGUGCUAUCGCUUGUGCUGUUAUUUGUGCUUUUGCUGUGUAUUUUCUAAAGCUGAUGUGCGCAACUAUAAUAAAAAUAUUCUGUUCAAGUACAGCAAUAUUCUCUGUGUAUGUAAAAAAAAAUAACAAAAUUAUAUAUAUAUAUACACACUCAAAGUAGUGCACUCACUGGUCUUCUUAAUUUGCAAACUUUAUUAACCAAUGUUCAGUAACUUUACCGUAUCAUCAACGUUUCGGUCCUCAUUCGGACUAGGACUGAAGUGUUGAUGAUACGGUAAAGUUACUGAACAUUGGUGAAUAAAGUUUGCAAAUUAAGAAGACCAGUGAGUGCACUACUUUGAGUGUAUGUAUUGUUAAAAGGCUGGAGGAGCACCUUAGCAAGUAAAACGGAAGAGUGAGUGGAUUUGUGAGUGGUCUGACAUCAUAUUCAGAUUCCCGGCAUAACUAAGCAAUGCGAGGGAGCUGAGCAGUAAGCCCGCACUAAAAGCUGCCGCCCGCCUCGUGUGGGCCCCCCAGAACACGAGGCUAACAAGGCAGUGCCGCCCAAGGCAAAUGCCUUGUUAGCCUUGCAGUGAAUACACCGCUGGGCACCCUACCAGUGACCUAUGGUAGCAUGCCCACAGAGAGGGCUCAGCGUGCCAUCUGUGGCAUGCAUGCCAUAGGUUCGCCAUCGCUGCUAUAAAUGAUAAGUGGUGCCAAUGGUUUAGAUAUGCCAUUAGAAUGCUAAUCUGAUACAUAAGCAUCAAUCAGCCAUAUCUGGUACAGACUUCAGUAAAUAAACAGGACAGGGAUUGGAUUGUGCACAACUACUCUGUUGUGUUUUUGAUCAAGUUAGGUGUAAUGAGACCAUAGGGCAUAUUAAAGAUAGUUUAAAGGAGAAAGGCUAAAAAACUAAAUAAUAAUGUAUUUUACAAGAUAUGUCUGUGAUAUAAUAACCACACAGUAGGUUUCUUAAAGGGAAACUAUAGUGCCAGGAAAUCAAAGUUGUUCUCCUGGUACCAUAGCUCUCCCCUGCCUCACAGCCCUCACCCCCGUGCGCAGAAGGAGUUAAAGCCCUACUGUCACAAUGUCGGUGCUGGUUUGGUUUUGCCUCUGCUCCUCCCCUGCUGACGUCAUCCGGCAGGGGAGACCUAAUGCGUAUGCACGGCAAUGGCCAUGUUUGCAUUAGUAUUUCUACCAUAGGGGGUUUAACAUGACACUUGAUGUCCUCAUUCAUAGCGUGAGGACGCCCAGCGUCAGUUAGGCGACCAAAUGUCACCUAAUGACCCGGAAGUCCCUCUAGUGACUUGUUUGGUAGAAAAUCACUAGAGCUGGAGUUUACCCUCAAAGGUAAUUAUUGUAGUUUAUUAAAGGACCACUAUAGUGCCAGGAAAACAUACUCGUUUUCCUGGCACUAUAGUGCCCUGAGGGUGCCCCCACCCUCAGGGACCCUCUCCCGCCGGGCUCUGGGGAGAAGAAGGGGUUAAACUCUUACCUUUCUCUAGCGCCGGGCGGGGAGCUCUCCUCCUCCUCUCCACCUCCUCUUCGGCUGAAUGCGCAUUCGCGGCAGGAGCUGCGCGCACAUUCAGCCAGUCUCAUAGGAAAGCAUUCAUAAUGCUUUCCUAUGGACGCUUGCGUCUUGAAACACGCAAGCGUCUCUAGCGGCUGUCAAUAAGACAGCCACUAGAGGCUUUAGAGGCUGGAAUAACCUAUUAAACAUAGCAGUUUCAGAGAAAAAAUGGGUUAACCCUAGCUUGACCAGGCACUCAAACCACUUCAUUAAGCUGAAGUGGUCUGGGUGCCUAGAGUGGUCCUUUAAAGACUGCAAUAAUAACCUUUGCAGGGUCAAGGAGCCUGGAACUAUGCACCCAAAUCACUUCAAUGAGCUGAACUGGUCAGGGUGCCUAUAGUGUCCUUUUAGGUAAAUAUAGCUUGCUACAUUUAAAACAUUUGUGUCAGUUUUCCUUUAAAUACAUCAUGCUAAUAGAUAUGUUAGCACACAAGGAUUGACACAAAAUUCUGAAAGCCUUUUUAUUUACGUGUCAUCCAGGUCUUCCUGGCAUCGGAUAAAACAACGAAGAAGGUGGUGGCUUUGAAAAUAGUGAGGAAGAAAGACCUUCUCACUGAAGCCUCAGACAGGACACUCGCUGAACGACGAGUGCUGGAGAUGGCAGCCGGAAGUCCUUACCUAACCAAAGCCUAUGGAGCGUUUCAGAUCCCGGUAAUUCCUUAAUGGUCAUAAAUCAACUUUCUAUUAACAAACCAACCAGCAAUAUAUCUGCAGAUGUUUGCUUUAAAUUUUCUGUGGCAAAUUGUUUUCUAACCAAUAUAUACCAAAGACAAAAUUUACUAUCCCUAUUAUAAACUCACCUGCCACGUUAAGGCAAACCUCUUAGGUGAAUCCUACACUAAAAAUUCACCUUCCUGUCUUGAACUAACAGGUAAAAAUCUCUAAUGAGACAAAAAAGGGUAUUUUUCCAAAGCCUUUUGAGUGAUACUAAAAAACCUCCAGUUAUUUAAAUGUCUACAGGGAUUUGGGAUAGUGAGCAAGUAACUUUGUAACUUUGUUGCUUUGUUUUUUAUUGUAUGUAUUGGGGCUGAUGGGUACCAUAGUCAUUGCUGCUGCUGCCAGGAGUAGUGGGCGUUUAAGCACAGGGCUUGAUUUUGUAUAGUUUCUUACCCAUACCUAGCUCGUUCAGUAUCUCAUUGCUAUCCAAAUAUAGAAAGAUUAGCAACUCAUAAUUAGAAAGAGUAAUUUUUGCAUUAUCCUUUAGGCUACAUGUGGAAUGCUCAAAUUUGUACUUAUUUUGUGCUUUUUGCAUAUUUCACAUGGCUAUUUUUUAAACAUUUCUUUCAACGUUUGCAAUAUUAAUUGUGUUUGUGCUAUGUAUUUUGUUAACUUGAUGUGAAUGGCAGUUAAAGUACUAGAGAGAUGCUCAGUCCCUUAAGCACUAAAAGUGCUGAACUCUCAAGUGCAGAGGGAUUGCUAGAUUCCUGGCAUCAGUGACACUAAUAAAAGCGGCAAAGGAAUGUUCCAUCUCUCAGGAACAAAGAGAAUCAGCCCACUCAACCCUAGGAGUUGUUGCAGAGGGUUCUCAGGUCAGUUUCAAUGCAGAGGAUCAUGUUUGUGCUGGCAAGAACAAAACUUAUGUUUCAAUGCACCAAUCUCAACGUGAUGCCUAAACGCUAUAAUUUUGUAUUUGCCAACAUUUUGAAAUCUUGCACUUUGUUUGAAGUUUCGAUAUUUCAAAACUAAGGGGAAGCAAAAAAUUAUUGCAUAUUUGCCUAUUCAGGAGUGAUCACUGGUAUCUCCAAAUUUACUGUUAGAAAACAUCUAAUGUCAGUUUUGGGUUGCAUUCUGAAUUAUCUGUUAUUUUUUUUUAAAAUAUAUAUUCCAAUCUUAAUAGAUUUUAAGGAUUAUAAAUUAUAAGUUUUUUCUCAAAAUGGCUUAAGCACAGUGAUCAAAGGCACUCCAUUACAGUUGGUUCCUUAAACAGAGCAUCAUUUUUUUCCCCAAAGCUAUAGGAUUUAGCAAAGUACAGGAAAUUAUGUUUUAACAAGUUUUCUUUUUGCUGUUUAAGUGUUUGUGUUGUGAAGUAUAUCCCAUUGUAUUUUAUUGUCAACCAGACCCAUCUAUGCUACGUGUUGGAGUAUCUGCAUGGUGGUGAUCUUGACAGCUUCCUGAAAAGAAACAUCAGACUGGAACCUUGCAUUGCAAUGUAAGUCUUAAAAGACAAUGCUUAAAAUGGAGACCGGACGAGGAGAGGGGAAAUAUGGGUCAGAGCAAUGAGAAGAUUUAACAGGAAGAAGUAUGACAAGGCCUGAGGAAAGAGUCACAUUUAAAGAAUUGUUUUGGAAAAGAGGGUUGGUAAAGGAACCCUAAAGUUUCAAAUAAAAUUCUAAUAGUUUUAAUAAUGACCAAAUCACCCAACAUAAACAUUUACAGAUUAAAAAUAUCAUUAAAGUUUAUGGAACAAUGUUAAAUAAUGUUUUUCUAUUAAAAGAACAGAAGUAUAAUUCUCAAUAUGGAGUCACUGUAUAUAUUGACGGGAGGAUUGGAAAGGAAUUAAUUUGGGUGGGAGUAAAAGGAGACAGUUACUAAUAAAGAAUAUACAGCUGCCCACCACCACGUUUUCUACUAUUAGCAUUGUUUGGUAGACACUGGUGAAUGCCAUAGAUAAAGAAUUUAGAAAAAUUAGGAACCUCAGUGAGUCUGAAACAUAUAUACAUACAAUAAAUAUACACUGAAUAUAAAUAUUCUACAAAAUGCUAACUCAGUAUGAAUCCAUGUUUGCGUGAUGAUGUAGAAAUGUGUGGGCACAUACACCUAGUGUUGCUAAGAAACAAGCAUACAAUGUAUAACAAAGAGUGUCGGUGUAUAAAAACAACGACAUGUAAAAAAGGAGGAAAAGGUAGAAAGAGUGAAGGCAUGUUACUGAAGUAUCUUAGCUAAAGCAUAUCUGUACAUGAGUCCAAGCAAUCAUCAAAUGUAGAAGCCGAGAAUCGACAAAUACGAGGAGAUGCAGGAGAUAGAGAACUGUGGCUGUGUGUGAUUGAAGUGUCUAAGGGUAAACAGUGAAAUCACCGUGUGUGCUGCAUGCAACCAGUGAUCAACAUAUGAAAUUAGAGCAAGAAUGCCAGUGAGUUCCUACAGUGAUAGACAAUAGAGAGUGAGAAAGACAAGCUGGUGAAGAAAAAAAACUGUAAUUAGAGGCAGAUCAAAGAUAUAGAUAUACCGAGGAGCUCAAAAUAGACAAAAACUACUGCAACUGGUGCUAAAUAGAUUCAUAACAUAUAAUACUGAUUUUACACAUAGCACUAGGCAACAAUAUGAACAACAGAUAAGCACAAGCCAUUUUGCACACAACCGAACAUGUAAGAGCUAUGGAAAUGGAUGGAAAAUUGCCACAAUGAGUAACAGCAAAUAUAAAGGAAGCUAGUCAAUAAAAGGAAUAAGAAGAUGCCUGCUAUGUAUGGUAUAGAUGUCCUAACAAGAUAUACAAUUGUUAUACAGAGAAAUAUGAUGGUAGAAACAUAUUUGAAAAUAAAAAGUAUUCACCAGUAAUACUAGAAAAAGUAUAUGUGACAGUAAGAAAAGUGAAAACUGUAGGCAGGAGAUAUAUAUAUAUAUAUAUAUUAUUACAGUGGAUUUUCCCUAGGUCAGCUCCUUUAGGAAGAUCUCAUUUUAAGAAGUAAGUUCAUUUUAUAUUAAAUACUUUGUUGAUUAAUAUUUGAAUUCUUGUUUAUCAGAUUCCUUGCUGCGGAGAUUGCGUGUGGACUCCAAUAUCUCCACCAACACGACAUUGUGCAUCGGUAAACACAUCUUCGUUAAACGAUAUAUUAAUAAGCUUGCUCUCUCUACACUGUGCUGUCCUUUUUUUACCCAUAUUGUUUAGCUACAUUUUUACCUUUCUCUCAGGUGAGUUAAGAUUUUUUGCUCAUACACUUCAGCUGUAAGAGGGCAUUAUACAAACCGUUUCAACUUAACACUAAGAAGAGGCUUUUUACUUACGUUUGAGAAAAAAAAUGUACUCGUGUUGGGCAGAGCAGAAAAAAGGAAGGGCAGGAUAAGAAAGAAAGAAGCAGAAUGGUCAUUUCUAGUCCACCUGAUUAAGAGAAAUGUAGAAAACUGCAUUCAUUAAAACUAAAUUACAAAAUCCUUUUUUAAAUUGUCUCCUAAAUUCAGGUAUAAGCAGCCUGUUUAAUUUCUUUGUGAAUUGAUGGGGCAUUAUUUCAUUGAUUGGCUAUAGCUCAUAAAUAGAUUUGUACACACUUCCAGAAUUUACUAUUAGUAAGCCAUGUAAACGACCUGUUUCAUGACAGAUCUUCAAUAAACUAUAAAUCUUAUGAUAUUUCUCUCUACAGAGACAUAAAGCCAAGGAACAUAAUGCUGGAUGAAGCGGGUCACAUCAGGAUAGGCGACUUUGGACUGGCGCUGGAGAUGCACGGCAAGAGGACAGCAAAGGGUUACGCAGGCACUGUAGAUUAUAUGGCUCCAGAGGUAGGAUAGACCAUGGCUACUGUUUGGGUUUGAGGCUACAUGACUUGAUCAUAUUACAUCUCACCAAGAGCAACAAUCACUCUGUAGCUAAACAGAUCUUUAUAGCUAUGAAGAUGAAGAACUAGAAUUCAACAUUUUAUCAAUGUAAACACAAUGUCUGAACACUACUUCAGACAACAGGGCGCCACAGCCACUAUAAAUAUAUAUUACUGAAAAUAGGAGAUUCCCAUAAAUGAAAAACAAUCGGUGGAAAUACAAAGUCCACUUUAUUGCAUAUAAAGAACAAUAGUACACAAUAGUGCAACAAGCACAAUGUAUAUAAAAUAAUAUAAAAAAUAAGUACACAGCCAAAUUGGCCAAGAGCCCCUAAGGGUAGCAGCUAUAAACAUACAAGUAACUACACUGAUAGUAAAAGUGCAAAGUGCUAAAGUGCAAGGGUGCAGGGUACUGAUAAUACUGCUCCACAAACCAAAAACAGCACAGUGCAUACAAUAUAGGAUGGAAUGCAAAUAGAGUACAUGUAGAGUGUACAGCAAGCUCCUGAGGAAGUCGACAUCGACAAAACGCGUAGAGCAUUCACAAGAGCCCUGUAUUUUCGGUAUAGCAGUCUUUCUCUACAUGUACUCUAUUUGCAUUCCAUCCUAUAUUGUAUGCACUGUGCUGUUUUUGGUUUGUGGAGCAGUAUUAUCAGUACCCUGCACUCUUGCACUUUAGCACUUUGCACUUUUACUAUCGGUGUAGUUACUUGUAUGUUUAUAGCUGCUACCCUUAGGGGCUCUUGGCCAAUUUGGCUAUGUACUUAUUUUUUAUAUUAUUUUAUAUACAUUGUGCUUGUUGCACUAUUGUGUACUAUUGUUCUUUAUAUGCAAUAAAGUGGACUUUGUAUUUCCACCAAUUGUUUUACAUUUAUGGGAAUCUCCUAUUUUCAGUAAUAUAUAUUUAUAGUGGCUGUGGCGCCCUGUUGUCUGAAGUAGUGUUCAGACAUUGUUUAUUUUGUAUAGAGGUUGGGAGUGACCUCGUGACAGUGGCUUGCCUACACUAGCUUUGUGACCUAUUAUCACCUUCACCACCCACACAUUUAUCUUUUGUUUUGUUUUUUUAUCAAUGUUCAUGUUAUUCUCCUCUGUAAUAAGGUAUCAUGGUUGAUAUUAUAAUAAGCAUGGGUUAACAUCUUUAUUUAUUAUGGCUGAUGGCAACAGUGCUUGGCUAGGUCCUCCAAACUUUAAAGACAAUUCUUUAAAAUUGAAAAACACCUUCAGUGAUUGUCUAUACUGUCCCAACCAGUCAUAUUGCUCCGAAUCAUUGCACAUUUGUAGUGAAAUAUAUAUUUUUUAUAAGUUGCCUAUUCUAAUAGGCAGACGAUGAGAACAGCAUUAUAUUUGACAGUAAUACUUUCUUUCCUGUAAGGAAACACGUGACUAAUCAUUUCUAAAAAUUAUGUUGGCAGAUGCGGAAAGGAAGAAAAUAUAAUGCUGCAGUAGAUUGGUGGGCCUAUGGUCUAAUCCUUCAUAAGCUGGCCAAGAGAGCAUUUCCAAAAAAUCCAAAUGCUGCCCAAACAAUGCUUCAUGACACCACAGACCACCCUGAGUGUCAAAGAAAACAGGUCAAAGAUCUCGUGAAAAAGGUGUGUAUGAUCCGGCAGUCUAAAUUAAUGUCCUGAAAAAGAGAACAUUUAUUUAUAGAAAACUAUUAACAAAGAGUGACACGGAAUGCCCAUAAAUGACAAUGGUGUCUAUAUAUGGUAAUAUCGAAAAAAAGAUAAAAGAUAUAUUAAUUCAGUCAAAUGCUUAUAGCUCAUACCAGCAGUCCAUAGCUGGGAAGAUUCCUUAAAGUCAUAUAAGACAGGAUAAUAUUUAAGGAGGGGAUUUCAGGGAAUGAAAUUUAUACACAACUAAACAAUCAAAAACACAGUGAUAAAAUGACUAAAACUAGAGAGAAUCGGGAACUGAUUCUGGGUUAGGUAGUUUCUCCUACUGAGAGCAGGAAAACCUUAAACACUGCAUUCAACAUAUGAAGUCGAGUGGAGAUAAAAGCGAGUGUACUAGUAAUAAUCUUGCACCUUUGAUUCUUAGAAUGUCCCUUUAACCUUGUGAUACUGCAUACAGAUUUACAGAUAUCUAUAUUGUGUUUGCAUGUGUUUUAGUCAAUGAACAAAGGCAGUGGCAGUUUUAUUGUUGACAUUCUACUCUUCCAUUUGCAGCUCCUGUGCAAAAAUCCAUCUCAGCGCUUGGGGGCAGCUAGCAGCAUCCGAUUCCAUCCUUUCUUCCAGUCCAUUGACUGGGAUGAGCUGGAGGCUGGCAGGCUAGAUCCCCCCUUUGUGCUAAGAACAGUAAGUAUACGGAAACUUCAAAUAGAGACCAGAAAAAUCAAUGUAACAAAAUGAGUGACUAGUUUAUGAAAAGAUAAGAGGGACGAUCAAAGUGCUAAUAUGGUGUGACCGUGGAUUACUGAUGGUGAUUGGGACUAUGUAUAUCGGAGUAUUUUGGGGUAAUUAGCCCAGAAACACAAACAAUAUCUAAACUUGGCAGCACUGCAAGCUCUAAAGUGUCCUCUCCAGCCAUAUCCAUACACCUCUGCCCCUGUCCCUCACCAAACAGUUGUGCCUGUCCCUUUGUACCCAACUAUCUUAAAAAAACUUUAUAGGAAAGCACGGUGUGGAAGUCCUAAUGCUGGGGUGGGGCUCACCGUUAAUCCACAUUAGGUUCCCAGAUCACACUGAGGUUGAAGAAAGAGGAGCCCAAUCCAGCACCCAGGGACCCUAGCGCUGGAAUCAGGUAAGUGGUUAAAAGGGUUUUUAGGCCUUUCAUGUCCUGGGUGCAGUGUAAGCAUAGGAAGACUGUAGUGUUAGGAAAACAGUUUUGCAUUCCUAACACUAUAGUGUUCCUUGAAACAAUCUAGCCUUUAAUUUUCCUUUUGUUCAUUGCCACUAUGGCUAGAACACUGUGAUAAUAGGAAAAUUACACCAGUUUAUACAUAUAGCUUUUGGCAUUCUGCAAUCUCCCCCCUCCAUCUUUUACAUCCAUAUUGGUGUUCUUAUACUGCUUUCUAGGAAUGGUAACACUUAUUGGAUGUGUUGUUGUAUAAUGUGUAAAUACUACAGUAACUUCUUAUGUCUUCUCUUUAUAGCCACCACUGGAGAGCUUAAUAUCACGAGUAAUACAGGAGACCCUAACAUCUCGAUACGAAGCAUUUACUCCAUCUAUUCCACCAGAGCAGAAGCAGUUUCUUGGAUUUUCUUUUAACACCCUCUCCUAG